UCGUAAUAAAGUGCUCUCAAAAACUACAGUAUAAGACUGCAAAUAAAUUCCACGUUAGUAGAAACAAAAAAUAACGAACCAACAAACGCAUAAAGCAAAACAAUGCGACAAAAUGUUCUGUUGCCACUAAAAUGUAACAAACAAUGGCACCAUUAGGAGAUGUCAUCGUGCGUGCAAACAAAAGCCGCUCAGAAGAGAUAAAAUAGCGAAACAAAUACUGGCCCUCGCAAAUCCUAUCGCAACCUAUUGUGGAGCACUACCUGCUUCCUGAACAGUAUCGUCUUAGGCCCGUCCCGAAAUGGUUGUAUUGUACAGUCUCUUGUUUUGCACGUUCGCGGUCGCCGCGGAACAUUCUGGAGCUUAUUCCUCUCCUCAGUACGCCAAGAAGAUGUUCCCGAAAAAGUCUUUCGAUACAAGUAUGCUUCUGCCACAAGAGAAACCGCCGAUACCGUUCAAUCGCGCUUCGAUUGAUAGAUUCGAUAGCGUGAAUGAUACGACGCAGUAUGGAAGGUCUUCGUUCCUGGAUUCAGCUGGUAACUUACUAAGCAACGCCGGGGGACAGGUCGUGUCUAGUUUGGCCAAGGACUUCAUAGCGAGAUCAACUGGGAGCAGCCAGGUUCUCAGCUUAAACUUGACAAACUUGGUAAUAUUAAUAAUCCUCAAGGCACUGAUUUUGGCGGCUGGUUUCUUCGGAGCCGGAGCUUGGAAGGGGCAUCACUAUGGACGUAGUAUAGAUGAAAACAAGAACGCUACAUACCUCACGGAAGACGAAGUUCUGCUGUACCUGAGCUACCUACGGGGAGAGCAGAGCAAGGACUACGGAUGCCUGUACCGACUCGCCUGCCAAAAGCCUCGUCAGGGGGCGCUGUACACGUCUGCUGCGGAACUCAUGCUACAAGGAGCUAAACUACUGCAAGGCCAUAGCGUCAAUUUAGUUGAUUACGAAAACAUCUACAGCGGCAUAAAGCAGGCGUCUACGUGGGGAGAGGAUGGCAAACCCUGCGACAAAAUAUAUAAAUGUGUAUAG